AUGGACAGUGACAAAGUCGUCAUACUUGACCAGAUAGAAGGAAGGGCAUUGAUUCUGUUUGUUGAAGUUGCUGCUGCAGUUCGUGCUUUCAAAGAUACGAAGAUCAGGAAUGUUUUUGGAAAGAGAGUCAUGUGUGAUUAUGCAAAUGAUACACUUAAGCGAUCCUUUUGCAAGAACAUGGAAGCAUCUGGGCAAACUGUUGGGAAGUCAUGGAAGCUCAGUUACUCUGCUGGAGAUGAAAGAGAGCUAAGCAGCGCUUAUUACGACUACUCAGCUGACCGUAGUUACUUCAGUCCUGUCAGAGAGUCUUAUCAAGAAGAGUACCCAUUUGAGCAAAGGUCACGAAGCAGAGACUUGUACUCUGAAGCAAACUCAUAUUCAAGUGACUAUCGGGGCUCUCGCUAUAAUGAUUCUCAUUAUGGAAUGAGUGCUUAUGCAGGUGUGAGGGAGUACAGUGACAUGCACAGAGGGCUGAAGAGGAAGCGUGACUGGGCUGAAUCAGUCUAUGACAGACCUUAUUUUUGAAAAAGAUAGUUGAAUUCCAGUCCUGCCCACUCCAGACUGAGACCAGAGAUCCACUGAAUGACAUGCAUGUUCAGAGAGAAACUCGGUGUAAACUUCUGCUGCAGAGUUCUGAAGUAACUCAUACUGGUUUGCUAUUCUGCAGUUGCAGCAUACAAAGAUCACUUUAAAAUAGUGUAAAACUCAUAAAACUGGGCAUAAUUCUAUAUUCAGACUGGAGUAAUUAUGGCACGUGGCUAACAGUUAACAGCUCCGUCCAGAAGUUUCAUCCUCUUCUGAAACUGAGCAAAAGAUAAACAAGAAAAAAAAAAGAAAAACAAAAAAAGGAAUGCCGAACGGAAAUAAAGGACCAUGUCAAGUCUUUUAAAGUCUGAAUAUGUUUGUUGCAGAGUGAUUAUGACUUAAGAUUGUGGUAGCAAAUGUUCUACUUUUUUUGGGAAAACAAGUCUAAUAAGAUUCAGCUGUUUCUAGUCCCCAUUUUUUGCAAGAGCAGUUUCCUUUAGGCGAGGCCAGUGGAUCUAAAUGAAGCAGUAUGAUAGAUCAUCUUUUGCUUUUACGAAGUUGUAGUUAAAGGACCAAAACGUGUUAAAACUAUGCAUGACAAAAUAUUUUUAGCAUUAAAACAGUAAAUGUACCCAUGGGGCACUACUAAUGUAACAAAGUUUAAUGUUAACAUCUCUGCCUAAUUUUGUUAGGACCUGGCUUGCAUCCCAUGAGUUGUAAUAGUUUAAGCCUUCUCAAAGCAGAAGCACAUUGCAGUUUUUAAGAUAAAAGCUCUGACUUAAUAGUGGCAAUUUUCCUUGCUGCAUCCUGCAGAUCCAUAUUUUAUAUUUUGCAUCUUGUUUUGAAGUUCCCAUGUAUAUUUAUGGAUGGACUCAGACCAUCAUAUCAUACAUUGACUGCAUAAGUGAGAUCAUUCUGCAUGCUGACCUGACCUUUUUUGUUAGUCAAGUUUAGUCUUCAGUCAUUUCUGUUGCUGUCAGAAGUUCCUGUAUUUGAAAUGCCCUUUUUGUUUAAGUUCAUGGUGAGUUUAGAAAAUCAUCUUUUGCAUCUGGUAAUGGAAGGAAACAUUUUACAAGACAUGGAGGAGGAUCCCUCUCAUGAUCCUAGUUGGAAGACCAGAGUUCAUUUACCUAAGACUCCAUUUGGCAAGCCUGUGUUUUACAUGGCCUUUUGGUCCUUGCAGAGUUGGAGAUUGCUCCGUAUAAAUGAGGAAAUGUUUCCAUUCUGAUCUGUCAGAAUGGGUAACAUACCAGGGACCUGGGAGAGUCAUGCUUUGUGCUUCCACUUUGUGGGUGUACUUCAGCUGUUCUAUAUUUUGGUCAGCUUGUGACUGGGCCUGUCCAGCCUUUUCUCUCAAAAUGGGCCCUCAGGUCACCUGGUUGUGAAUCUAGGUGUACUUGAAUUUGAGGCUAUUUUUCCUUGAGAGUCUUUGUUUUUUGUAGUUGAGGAGCAGUUUGUAGACAUUGUCUGGAUGUGCUGUCUAGUUGCAAGUUAUCAAGCACUUUUGUUUCUUGAUUGGGACUUGAAUUUCAGGUGUAGGAAGUUGCCCUUUAAUGAUUCAUGUUUAAUGCCUAUACCAUGUCUGAUGCUUGCUGCUAAUAGCAUGUGGUGUGUUCACUUGCCAGUCUUUGUUUGCUAAGUGCAAGCUCAUGUAAGCCAUCUCUUGCUUUUAGGGUGAAGGAAGGAGUUGCAGCCCUUCCCCAAGGCCCAUUCUUUUGGGAGGUCUGUAAACUAUUCUUAGCAGGCUAUAAUCCUGUACCUCAUGAAGUUUUCUGUUUUGUCCUACUUGUCUUCCCCUCUUGGAUACUUCCUAGGUACAUGAACCAAAAGGACUCCCCUGUAAUUCCCAAACCAGACACACACGCACCCCGACCCACCCAUACUUUUUAAAUAUGCUGUUUUGGGAGCUUUUAGGCACCCUCACUCUGGCGUUGCAACUUUUAACACGACUUAUGUUCAGUAUCUUUCCUCUGCUGAUUGACUGCAGAUGCCAGAUAAAUGGACACAAAUCAUUCAUUUCUCUCAACUUUGACUCCUCGACUGCUCUCCAGACUCAGUCUUCUGAGCUGUGCUCUGGUAGUUUGUUUUUUUGUUGCCCUCUAUACUUAUUGCUUGAGAUUAGAACCUGUUGGUUUUCAUUGCUAGAUAUAAGAAAGAUGUUUUUACCAUACCAAUUUGUACAUAAGAAAGACCUCUUCGAUGUAUGAGGAAUAAUCUGUUUUGAUGGAGAUGAACAGACCUUCCUGCCAUACUAAUGUAUCCCUUUUUAGCAAUGAAAUGCCAGAUCAUUAUUGUUAAUUUGGAGGAAGGGUCUGGGAGACAACCACACUUUAGCAGUAGAUGUAUGAUAUUUCAUGCAUUGUCAUGAUUUGCAUUCAUCCCUGACUGGAGGAACUUCUGAAAAAAUGCAUGAAGACUUCUGAUUGGUGGAUGGGCUGAAUCCUACCAUUAGAUGCAUCAGGGAAGAAUCCUCUCUUAGAUCGAUUGGUAAGAAUGUGUCUACCAAUUCACCUUUUCCAAAGGAAAGUGAAGAUAUUAAGUGGUGGAUUAUAAGAACUGGUUUUGGUUAUUUUGAGAUUAACCAUAAGUAUAUGCAGGAUGUGUUUGGCUACCUAACAGAUGUCCAUUUGACUUUGAGGGUACUAGUACUUACUGAGGACUGCAAGUUAUGGAAUUGCUAUAAAGUAAAUUGGUAGAUAAAAUGGCAAUGCAAAAUUUAAGAUGUUUUAAUAUGACUUUACCUAGUUCUAUUUUUUUAUUUAAUUAUUUGGGGAGGGGGGGGGGGGUGGCGGCAAUACCAGAACAGUGAAGAUAACAUUUGUACUUUCAAAAGGUGUUCAGCAAUGGACAAAAGGAAAAUGUCUAGUUCCAUUUAAAAAUAUAUUGUGUUUAACAGAUCUGCAACAUUUUAAUACAAAUACCGCAUUUAAGUCUUGCAUAGUAUGUGUUGAAGAUUGUAUGAUUGUAUUGUUCCACUGAAGUUUAACUGCAUUGUAUAACUUGGGUAAUUGGUUGGGGAUGGUGAGAGAGAUUUUACUGUUAGCUUGUUGACCAGCAUUUCAGAACAUUUCUAGCAUUCCAGAAAAAAAAGACAGAUUAGUUUUUAGUAGCUAUUGUAAAAUUUAAAAGUUUUUCAGUAAAAUGACCAAGAAACCUUGUUUUCAGUUUUAAGGUUAUUAACUACGCUAACACAAAUUGCUAAGCAUAAGUAGAAAGAUGAGAAAGCAGAAAUGUAAAAUAGGAUGUGAUAUGUACAGCUGAAAACUUUGUAUCAAAUCUAAAAGAAACAUUUGAAUGUUUUAUGUAUCACAGAAUUUUAAUUUGUGAAGACUCAGUGCAGCAUAUUCUGUUGUCACGUGGCUUAUUAUUUUUAUCUGUUUAUAAUGUGAACCGGAACACGUGUGUGCUUAAAUCAAAACUGUAUAUAUUUGCUAGGGGACAUUAAAAAUAGCUGCUUCGGGCAAGUGUUUGUCCCUUUUUGAAAGUUCGCUCAGGACAUGCACUUUCAGGAUCUAGCAAGUAUCCCUUAAACACAUUUUAAACGUGUAAUUGUGACACCUUUAGAUUAGUAUUUUCAGUGCUGAUGGAAGGUGAAUUUGACUCAUGAUAAACCAUUCAAAGCUGAGCCAGCACCUUCUGUAAGUACCAAAGCAGGUGCAAGAUUAGAGAUGGAAAAAAACUGGUUUGAGCCCUCUGAGAAGGAAAUUAACAAUUAGAACAUUUAAACAUUUAUAUACUUUUCUUUGAAAAGUUGUGCUUCUGUGGCACCUUUACCAUUUAUGCAUACUGUGAAGAGGGAGAGAUUGUGCGCCUAGUGAAGCCAAGAUUUGUUGGGAUGUGGUAGGAUUGCAUUUAACAUAGCUAAACAAUAAGUGGAAAAGCCAUUGAUAUAAAUUUCUUCAUCAGUAAUGAUAGGGUAUUGAGUUUGUGUUAAAAAAUGUCAGCAGCAACAGCAGUGUACAUUAUGAUCAGGAACCCAAAAAUGGAAAAUUAAUUAGGUUUUACAUAUUAACUUAAAAAGAAUAUUCAUAGCCUGCUGAAAUGUUAAUAGUGUAAUGAACAUGCUUGUACUUCAAAAUGGCCACAUAUGCAUAUCAGAAGCUUCACUGUAAAUGUGUUUUUUUUUUUUUUUUUUUUUUUUUUUGCUUUUUAUGCCCCUUGUUUCUAUAGUAAUUUUGUAACAGGCAAAUAAACACGUGAAACAUUUUA